AUGUCAAACAUGGGCGUGGAGCAGGCGUUUAGCGUGGGCGUGAAGCAGGUGUCUAGCGUGGGCGUGGAGCAGAUGUCUAACCGUGGGUGUGAUCAUAUAAUCACAAUAACAAGCGGAGUGAGGCCCAUCAUAGUCAACGGUGCCCGCUAUGGUCGCCGCUAUGGUCGCCGCUAUGGUCGCCGCUAUGGUCGCCGCUAUGGUCGCCGCUAUGGUCGCCGCUAUGGUCGCCGCUAUGGUCGCCGCUAUGGUCGCCGCUAUGGUCGCCGCUAUGGUCGCCGCUAUGAUCGCCGCUAUGGUCGCCGCUAUGGUCGCCGCUAUGGUCGCCGCUAUGGUCGCCGCUAUGAUCGCCGCUAUGGUCGCCGCUAUGGUCGCCGCUAUGGUCGCCGCUAUGGUCGCCGCUAUGGUCGCCGCUAUGGUCGCCGCUAUGGUCGCCGCUAUGGUCGCCGCUAUGGUCGCCGCUAUGGUCGCCGCUAUGGUCGCCGCUAUGGUCGCCGCUAUGGUCGCCGCUAUGGUCGCCGCUAUGAUCGCCGCUAUGGUCGCCGCUAUGGUCGCCGCUAUGGUCGCCGCUAUGGUCGCCGCUAUGGUCGCCGCUAUGGUCGCCGCUAUGGUCGCUGCUAUGGUCGCCGCUAUGGUCGCCGCUAUGGUCGCCGCUAUGGUCGCCGCUAUGGUCGCCGCUAUGGUCGCCGCUAUGGUCGCCGCUAUGGUCGCCGCUAUGGUCGCCGCUAUGGUCGCCGCUAUGGUCGCCGCUAUGAUCGCCGCUAUGGUCGCCGCUAUGGUCGCCGCUAUGGUCGCCGCUAUGGUCGCCGCUAUGGUCGCUGGAAGCGGGGUAAAAAACAAACUCUAUAA